UCACGAUCGCAGGCGCACAGCGCUUGGCUUGAGAUUCCGAGGACUCUUAUCCUCGAAUGAUUCAACUGUCAUUGAAAGGUUGGACGUACAGCCUCCAUCAUGGUCAAAUUUUUGGAGCCGAGAUUUCGGAGAUGCCCACCCUUGCACAAGCACUGCAUCUCAAACGAACCUCUAGAGACGAGGCUGGUGGCCUUACACGAAGCGAUAGCAGCAGGGGAGGAUCCGAAUGAACUUGGCGGCUGGAAAGAUCCCGGCAUCGCUCGUCCUCUACAUUAUGCUAUAGAUGAUUCGGUACAGCAUGAUCUUAGACAGCUCAAACAGAAUCUGCCCGUCGUGCAAUUGCUACUGCAAGCAGGUGCGGAUCCAAGGCUACCUUGCAUAACGCUACCUCGCAGGUCUCCAAUCGAGGAACUUGAAGUUUGGAUAGGAGUAUACAAGAAAUCUGGUCAUUCCACAUGGGAGAAAGAGUUUGUUGAGCUGUAUCCGUUUUACGAGGAUGCAUUACUUGCUAUGAAGAAGGUGGCAGCUGAGCUCGAUGCAAAGGACGCUGCAUUGGAACGGCAGAUUCGUAACGGGGGCAGGUCCUGGCUUAGUUGGCUUGAUAAGGCAAGAUUUUGGUGAAUGCCGACUUCCAUAUGAAGGCGAUUUGCCCACGUCUAUAUGCGUUAUGCAAUGCAUCAACGAAGACCAGCGACGGUUUCUCCUUACUGCUCCAUGGCGGGGAGCGGGAAUUCUUCAAGUUCUUUCAGGAAGA